AUGACCACUAAGCUGCUCACCCUCACAGCUGCCCACACUGGAGAUGGGGGACUUGAGCCAGCAAUCAGUCCAGCUCUGACAGUCCUGUGGUCACCCAGGCUGGGUGACCUGCUCUGGGUCCUUGGACAGCAGAGGGUGGCAGGGUUCCUGGCUGACGAGGACAGUCUGGAGUAUAAGUACUACAAACUGAAGCUGGCAGAGGUGCAGCGCAGGGGCCUGAGUGUCCCCGGACCUGAGUAGCCACCUACCUCAGCCAAGUGCACCAUGCGGGCCCUGCUGUAUGCAUGGGCUGUCCACAGCCUCAAGAAGAGGCUCCUCCCGGGACGACACCAGCUGCUCCGCACCCAGGGCCUGCGGAGCUGGAAGGCCAGGCGAGCCACCACUGGCACCCAGACACUGCUGUCCACAGCCACCAAGCUCAGGUCCCAGGGCCGGCAGGCUCUAGGCUCCUCGCAGGCCAAGCCGUCCUUGUCAGGCAGGAGUGAUGUCAAUAGGAAUGACCCACCAGGACCCAGCCCAGAAACCUCAGGUCCCACCCCCAGUCCAGGAGCAGACAUCCUGGAGGCCCUGCCAACCUCCUCUCCCUGCCUGUCCACUGAUGUUGACAUGAAGACCAUGGAGACUGCAGAGAAGCUGGCCAGGUUUGUCACUCAGGUGGGGCCCGAGAUUGAGCAGUUCAUCAUAGAGAACAGCACGGAUAACCCCAAUCUCUGGUUUCUCCACGACCAAAACAGUUCUGCUUUCAAGUUCUACCGCGAGAAAGUGCUGGAGCUGUGCCCAUCCAUCUCCUUCUCGCCAUCCCCUCUCUCCCUGCACGCCAGUGGCGAGGGUGGGGACAUGCAGAAGAGCCCCCUAGACCUCAUGGAAGGGGAGGGGGUGUUGGACGAUGAGACCCCUCAGCCCAAGGUUGUGCUGGAGAGCCCAGACCUGGUACCCGAGGAGGACGAGGAGGAAGACGAGGAAGAUGAGGGGGCAGAGGAGGCCCCUGCUCAAGGCACCUGCAGGCCAGAAGCAGGAGCCAGCAAUUGCGCUCUUGGCCCACCACAGGCCACCACGGGCACCUGCCCACCCCGGAAGAGGACGAGUAGCAAGUCUCUGAAGGUUGGCGUGAUCCCAGCACCCAAGAGGGCGUGCCUCGUCCCCGAGCCAGAAGUGCACGAGCCAGUGCGAAUCGCCUAUGACAGGCCUCGGGGCCGUCCGGUGGCCAAGAAGAAGAAGCCAAAGGAUCUGGACUUUGUCCAGCAGAAGCUGACCGACAAGAACCUGGGCUUCCAGAUGCUGCAGAAGAUGGGCUGGAAGGAGGGUCACGGCCUGGGCUCCUGCGGGAAGGGCAUCCGCGAGCCCGUCAGCGUGUACGGCAUGGGCCUGUGGGCGGGGGUGCGGCUUAGGCCCAGAACACCAGCUCCCUGGCUCCCUUGGGUGGAGGACGCAUGCACGAGAGUGGGCUGUGGGGUGUUUGCUCUGUAAAUAAAGGGUGUGGGUGUCUCCAUGGCUCCUCUCUGUGCCGUGUCCACUGUUAAGUCCUGGCCCUGUCAUU